AUGGACGUCAAGUGCCCUGGAUGCUUCGCCAUCACGACUGUGUUUUCGCAUGCUCAGUCGGUCGUUCUUUGCGGAAGCUGCGCUCAGGUUCUGAGCCAGCCAACUGGUGGUAAGGCCCGUCUUGCUGUCGGUUGCUCUUUCCGCCCGAAGCACUAA